AUGCCGUCCCUACUGGUGCUCACUUUCUCCGCGUGCGUCCUGCUCGGUUGGGCGUUACUGGCCGGCUGCACUGGUGGCGGUGGCGGCGGGGGCGCGGGCCCGGGCGGCGGGCGCCGGGAGAGAGAGGCGCUGCCGCCGCAGAAGAUCGAGGUUCUGGUGCUGUUGCCUCAGGACGACUCUUACCUGUUCUCCCUGGCUCGGGUGCGACCGGCCAUCGAGUAUGCGCUGCGCAGCGUGGAGGGCAACGAGACCGGGAGGCGGCUCUUGCCAGCCGGCACUCGCUUCCAGGUGGCCUACGAAGACUCGGACUGCGGCAACCGCGCACUCUUCAGCCUGGUGGACCGCGUGGCGGCGGCGCGUGGAGCCAAGCCGGAUCUCAUCCUGGGGCCGGUGUGCGAGUACGCGGCGGCGCCGGUGGCCCGGCUAGCGUCGCACUGGGACCUCCCCAUGCUGUCUGCCGGGGCCCUGGCAGCCGGCUUCCAGCAUAAGGACACGGAGUACUCGCACCUUACGCGCGUGGCACCCUCGUACGCCAAGAUGGGCGAGAUGAUGCUCGCCCUGUUCCGCCACCACCAGUGGAGCCGCGCCGUGCUGGUCUACAGCGACGACAAGCUGGAGCGGAACUGCUUCUUCACCCUCGAGGGGGUCCAUGAGGUCUUCCAGGAGGAAGGCUUGCACACGUCCGCCUAUAAUUUCGAUGAGACCAAAGACUUGGAUCUGGAGGACAUCGUGCGCCACAUCCAGGCCAGUGAGCGAGUGGUGAUCAUGUGUGCGAGUAGCGACACCAUCCGGGGGAUCAUGCUGGCGGCGCACAGGCACGGAAUGACCAGCGGGGACUAUGCCUUCUUCAACAUCGAGCUCUUCAACAGCUCCUUCUAUGGAGAUGGCUCGUGGAAGAGAGGAGACAAACACGACUUUGAAGCUAAGCAAGCAUACUCAUCCCUCCAAACAAUCACUCUACUGAGGACAGUGAAACCUGAGUUUGAGAAGUUUUCCAUGGAGGUGAAAAGUUCUGUUGAGAAGCAAGGGCUCAGUGAGGAAGAUUACGUGAACAUGUUUGUUGAAGGAUUCCACGAUGCCAUCCUCCUCUACGUCCUGGCUUUACGUGAAGUACUCAGAGCUGGUUACAGUAAGAAGGAUGGAGGGAAAAUUAUCCAGCAGACUUGGAACCGAACAUUUGAAGGUAUUGCUGGGCAGGUGUCCAUAGAUGCCAACGGAGACCGGUAUGGGGAUUUCUCUGUGAUUGCCAUGACCGACACAGAAGCGGGAACCCAGGAGGUUAUUGGUGAUUACUUUGGAAAAGAAGGUCGUUUUGAAAUGCGGCCAAAUGUCAAAUAUCCUUGGGGACCUUUAAAACUGAGAAUAGAUGAAACCAGAAUGGUGGAGCACACGAACAGCUCUCCUUGCAAAGCAUGUGGCCUAGAAGAAUCAGCGGUGACAGGAAUUGUUGUGGGGGCCUUACUAGGAGCUGGUUUGCUAAUGGCCUUCUACUUCUUCAGGAAGAAAUACAGAAUAACCAUUGAGAGGCGAAACCAUCAAGAAGAAAGCAACGUUGGAAAACAUCGGGAGUUACGGGAAGAUUCCAUCAGAUCCCACUUUUCGGUGGCUUAA